GACCAUCAGCAAUGUGAUAUCCUGGCUUUUAGCUCUCACAUUAUUACAGUAAGAAAAUCCACAUUACUUCAUUAAGUAUGAUUUGUUUUGUUUUUCCCUUAUCUAUUUGCUGUGCAUUUAUUUGAUUGCAAUUUUUAAGUUGUUAAGUCUCUGUCAUUGUCAAAUGUGUUUAUCUUUGUCUAUUAUGUAACGAUAAUAUCGGUAGAAAAUCUGUGGCACCGGCUGAGUUAAGUCUUGGAUUUAUGUGAUGUUUUUCAUGUGUCUUAUUUUCCAUUUUAGCUGUAAAGUUGAUAGGGCCGUAUUGUGUAAGUGUGAGUGAGUCUGUCAAGCUCUAAAAGCAGACGGAGGUAAGAAGCUUUGAGUGGCAUGCAGUCCUAUUGAAGUGCUCACCGAGAAAGGCCGGCCCCUCGCAGGAUUAAGUGGGAUAGAAAAGGAUUACAAUCUGAGUUUCCAGAGACAUUUUAUAGUAAAAUCACAUGCAUGUUGGCAGGCCAGAAGCAGAAGAUCACCUUGAUAUAAAGCUCAACUGACAAGAUGCUCCAUAGCCUCCUGGUCUAAAUGUGGGAUGUAGAAGUGACAGUGUGAUUUGGAGGAAGACACAGAGGAGUGUAAGAAGAUAAUCUUUGUAACAAAUGACACUGACUGACCAUCGUAUUGGAUAUAUCUCCAGAAUAAAGGUUAUAAGGGCUGCAGUGAUCUGAUGAACAGAGAAGCUUGUCAUGCGUGAAUCAAUGGAGGAGGAGCCAAUGACAGAACCUGGACAUGAUGACAAUGAUGUAGGUCUGGCUCAGAUCUUGGCAGAAGUGGUAGAGGAAGUGAGACUGUCCAUAGACAGAGAUAUUAACGGUGCCGAUCUUCUGUACGGUCUCCUUAGUGCUCCCUGGCUCUACUCUCUUCUUAGGGUAUACGAGUGUCUGGUGCAGCACAGUCGAGAUGCCCCAAGACCAUACAUGCCUUAUUCCUCAAGACUAUCUCAGGAGAUUAUGGCCAGUGUGCGAGGACUGGCUGCUCCCUCCUCUGAGGCACAAGAACUUUAUAUUUUGAUGAAAUGCCCUCAUAUGCAGGCUUUGCUCUCUGCCCAUGAUUCUGUGGCUCAGAAGGACUACGGUCCAGUGUUGCCGCCGCUUCCUGACAAACUACCUGACAAUGAGGAGGCCAUGAGGAUUGUUUGCCUUGUGAAGAACAAACAGCCUCUGGGGGCAACUAUUAGGAAGGAUGAGAAAACGGGGAACAUCUUUAUUGCAAGGGUGAUACAUGGAGGACUGGCAGAUCGCAGUGGACUUCUUCAUCCUGGUGACAAGCUGUUGGAAGUGAAUGGACAGAAAGUGCAGGGACUGCAGCCCGAGCACGUCAUUCAGAUUCUGGUGAGAUCUCAGGGAAAUAUUCUUUUUAAAGUGAUCCCUAAUUCACCACAACCCAUCAACAGCCAAACAACUCUGUAUGUGAGAGCCAUGGAGGAUUACAGUCCUCUGCAGGACCCUGCAAUCCCCUGCCCAGAUGCAGGAAUGGCCUUCAGUAAAGGAGACUUGCUGGAGAUUGUAGACCAGAGAGACAUCCGAUGGUGGCAGGCCAGGAAACUCCACAGUGCCUCAUUGUGUUGCGGCCUCAUCCCUUCCACAAACCAGUUCAGAUCUAAGCAAAGGGAGUUGUGGUGGUCCCAACCUUAUCAAGCUCACACCUGCAUCAGACCCUUGAGCGCAGCUGAUGUUGAAUAUCCAACAAGGAAAAAUCUGGAUGAGUGUGUUGAGUGUAACUCUCUUUGUUCUAAAGGAGAAGAGGAGGAUGAGCACAAAUGCAUUGAAACAGAUGAAGAAGAUUUUGAGUUCGUUUCAGAGGAGGGUGAGAAUGGUGAACACAUGCAGGGCUUAUACAUAGCGGGGUUCCGGCACAGUCUGCGCACGUGGAGGAGGAAGUCAUACGGUAAACGAAAGCUGUCGUGUUAUUCCUGCGGAGUCAGCAUCUGCCAUAGCACCUCAGCCAACGUCUAUGAAGAGGUGGUCCACUACCAGCGCCACAUAGACGAUCCCCCUCGUCUCAUCGUGCUCAUUGGUCCAUCAGGAGUUGGCGUAAACGAAUUACGCAGGAGGCUAAUCAAAAUCAACCCUAAUACGUACCAGGGACCAAUAUCUCACACAACACGGCGUCAAAAUAUGGGUGAGAAGAAUGGCCGUGAAUAUCACUAUGUGACCAAGGAAAUGUUUGCGUACAUGGUGGUUAAUCACAAAUUCCUGGAGUAUGGAGAGCAUAACGGACACAUGUACGGCACCAGCUUAGACUCAAUCAAAGAUGUUUUGGACAAUGGGAAAAUAUGUGUUAUUGACCUUGAACCUCAUUGCAUUCAUUCAGUCAGAACCAAGAAGCUGAAGCCCUACAUCAUAUUUGUGCGGCCUCCAUCCCCUGAAUGCAUGAGGCAAACAAGAAAAGACCCACAUUUUCUUGCCAGCAGCUACAUUAAGAGAUACUUUCAUGAUAAAGACUUUGAGGAGAUCGAGGAAGCAAGCAGGGCCAUGGAGGGCAAGUACCGUCAGUUCUUUGACUGCGUGAUUGUGAACGAUGAUCUGCAAGAUUCAUGCAUGGAUCUGUUCACAGCUAUACAACAUGCUCAAGAAGAACCACAAUGGGUUCCUGCCUGUUGGUUUGCUCCUGAUCAUUCAUGACACACAUAAGAACAAGGCAGGGAAUUUCUGAAUCCUUAUAACGAAUGUAAAAGAACUGAAUUUCAAAAAAACUAAUGCCUUUGUGUUUAGUUUAGGGCAAAUUAACUUGCAUGCGAGUCCAUGAGUAAAAUAUCAUGGUAAACACAUAUUUAGGCCUUAACAGUUUCACUAGAUCUAGAUCUAUCUUGAGAUCUAUAGGUUUAUUUCUGGUGACUUAAACUGUUUACACUGGCGUACAAGAACUUUUUUAAAAAAGUUAGCUACAUGAAGAAAUAUAAAUGUAAUUUAUUUUUGUCUAACAAUUACAUUUGUCUAAAAAUUAAAAUCUCUAACUUUAUUUUUUUUUUAUCUAGAUUAAUCAUUAAACUUUAAACCUUUUCCAAUAAACAUUUUUUGUGGUGUGUGGCAUGCAGUAUAUGCUGGGUAGAUUACUCACAAAUUGUAGUCAGUGCUAAUUUCAAAUUGACAAAAAUUGUAGUUAGUAAAAUUACUAAUUUUAGGUAAUGUAUUCUGACUAUUUUUUGAUUACUUUUUAGAUUAGUUUUAACCUAACUCGUUUAUCACAUUGAUUUGAAUAGGAUAAUCUUGUACCAUAUUUAUAUAAAAAUACAAAGAGAAAGAAAAUAUAUUCCAUUCUUUGUUAUUAACAAUAUGAAGUGCAUUAAAUAUUACAUUAUGUCAGGGUUUCCCAGACAGGGGUUUGUGAUGGAACUGCAGGGGUUUGCGAGUUUUAUGAAGAGCUAUUAAGUAAUUAAAUCAUAAAAAAAAAUAAUAAUAAUAAUUAAAAUAAAUAAUUUAAAAAUAAAAACCUGUUUUUAGCAAAAUAAAACAUUUACUAAAAAAGAUUUUAAAAAUAUUUGUUUACCUGCAUGUCAUGUGACCAUUAACGACAUCAGAGAACUGUGAACUUAACUUUAUUAUUAUUAUUUAUUUAUUAUUAUUGACUUAAUUUUAUUAUUGACCUAACUUAAUUUAAAAUCUCAGGGAGUACUUCAAGUAAAUAUAUUAGGGCAAAGAAAUUCAGCUGACAAAAAAGUUGGGGAAUCCCUGCAUUGCAUGUAAAUAUGAAAUGAUGUGAAUUUGUACAAUUGAAUGUGUUUGAAAGAAAAAAGCCUUACAAUGUUAAUUUAAAUAAUAAUUAAUAUGUUUGUCAGGAGUUGAUUAGAUAUGCAAUGUUGAAAAAACACUUUUUAAAAGUGAAAUGAUUUCUGUAAAUCCACUGAUCAAAUGCUGUGGGUCUCAGUUUUCAGUGAUCGGCUCAUGACUAGUGGCUGGUCUCUGCAAUUCCACAAACUGAACGUAUAUAAGCAGUAAUGUUUUUUUUAGAAAGGAAUAUUUAAAAUAUAACAAGUAAAAUCAAUGAAUUAUGAAUAAUUUACUGCCAUUGUGAGAAUAAUAUGUAAUCAUGUAAUCAAUAGAAAAGUAAAUUUAGUCUGAUGACGUGUAUUUUAAAAUGUAACAUAAUAUAAUUACAAGUAGGGGAGAGUGGGGUAAGAUGAGCCAGUGGGUAAGUUGACCCACCCCCUGUAUCUUGGCAACCGUGCCAUUUUAUUGUCAUGUGACCAUAUAUUUUAUAACCACCCGUCAUUUCUGCCAGACUGUGAAAAGGAGAAGCAUAUAUAUUUUUUGUUUUUUAUGUUUUAAAGAAUAUACCAAAGACCUUUUAAAACUUAGACACACACUAUUUUAGAGAUAUUUAUAAAUUUGCUCUUCCUGUCAUUCAUUAAGCAUUUCUUAUCAUAUUGUGUCAUAUCAUAUAAAAUAUUACAUUAUGUUGGCAUGUCAUCCUACCAGUUUAUUUAUUGAGAAAAUCCCAUUUCAAAAUAAAUCUGUUUUAAAAUUUAA